AGUAAUGAAAAGCAAUAUGGCAGCGCCCUGGGGAAAGGAAGUUUCGUCAUCGGGCGGACGGGACAAUAAGUUAGCGACAGACAAUUCCCCUUCCGCCUCUCUGGCUAACAUCCCAACAGGCGUGCUAAUCUCGUUUGAUGAUGACGUCAUGCCUGUGCCUCCAAGAAGAAACAAAUCACUUGGAAAGAAAUCGAAAAUGGAACGGGGCUCGGAGCCAAACAAAAUCGAGCAGGGGGCGUUGCUCAGCUUCGCUAACCCGGAACUUCCCGAUGAUCCUGCAGCGAAGGAUUCGCCCGGCGAGGCCGCAGCGGGGACGAUUCGUACUACAGAAGAUGAGUCUUUCGACGGGAGCAACGGCAUGAGCAGUGCUGUGAUCGCAGAGAAGCCAAGUUCAAGUUGUGAAGCUACUGAAAUGGAGAAGGACUUUUCAAAGGAGGGAAAUACGAACACAUGCCGUUCAGAACUUCGACACAACUCGACCAGCAGCGAGGAUCAGAGUAAUUCAGUGAAGCUGUGUGGCUAUCUGGAUAAACAAGGAGAGAAAGGACUCAUUAAAUCAUUCAAAACAAGAUGGUUUGUGUUUGAUGACCAGAGAUGCCGUCUCUACUACUACAGGACACCUCAAGAUGUAACACCACUCGGAUCAAUAGACGUUGCCAACUCCUCCCUCACAUUUGAUGUCGCCAACCCUGGAUCGCACAGGCAAUUCCAGAUACAUACUGAUGGAAGAACCUACAUCCUACAAUGCAAGGAUCAACAUACUAUGAUGUUCUGGUUACAAGAGUUACAGGAAAGACGGCGAGCUUACAGCAGUCAGAAGACAUCCCUGUCAAAGGAGAGGUCCCUUACCAGAUAUUCAGUACUACAACCAUCUUCUGGUCUUCUCAGUACUCAAAAAAUGAAGGAAAAGAUGAACAACUCUUGCCCAGAUUCUGAUAUUCCCCCUGUCUUGGACUAUGUGGAACCGCCCAGGCAUUCAGUCGGGGAAGCAACGGCCAAUAUCACUCAGAAAACGGGGAUGUUCAACCUAUCCUUGACGACAUUAAAGACGGAUUUCAGAAAUCAGAUGUCUAAUUUCAGCAUGAAGUGGAAAAUGCAAUCACCGAACAGCGAGACUCCACCUGACGAUUUCGCCAGUGAAACUGCACAGACGGAUGCAGCUAAACAAGCAGAACAGAAUAAGCAUAAAAGCUUUGACAAGAAGGAUGUCAUAACCGCUGUUGGAGGAGCGAAGGCGGCAUUUAAGAAGAAGCUCAGUAACAGCUCUGUUGGUGGUCCAGCAACAGGCCCGACUAAACCUCCCAGUACAACCUGGUUUGAAGAUGUACCCGAUUAUGAUUGUAAAAACUGCCAGCAGCUUGCCGCUGAAGUUAAACAACUGAGGGAGGAGCUUUGUCAAGUGAGGAGAGAGCUUAACGAAAGUAAGGAAUUGAUUGACCUACUGCAUAAACAGCUCACAGCUACUCAGAUGCAGUCCAUGAGCAAUCGAGAGUUCUCACUUUGCCAGACUGAUCAAGAGAAACUACACGUCGUUCAACGAAAGGACAAACAGCUUAUUCAACUAGAGCAGCUACUACAAGAGAUGAGACAAGAUAGAGACAGCUUCAAAAUCCAACUCAGUUCUUGUGAGAGAGAGGUAAGGGACCUGCGAGAGCAGAUCAACAUGUUCACGGAUCUCAUUCAAGCCAAGGAUGAAGUCGUCAUGUCCCUGACAAUGAGGGUCAGUGAACUGGAGAGGAAUGAGCCAAUAGUGGUGAAGACAGAGACGGACCAACAGCCAGAAUCACCCUCAGAGAUCGAGGGUAAUGUCAACCUAGCUGGAAACACCCCCGCUGAAGUAGUGGAACAUACCCUGCUCAACACACAGUCCUAUGUGGACCCACUGGAAUAUGAAUGCUUGAAGGAUUCGGCCAGAGCUUUUGAGACGCAGAAUAAAUUCUUAAACAAAGAGAUCCUUGAGCUGAACCAGCUAAGAAAUGACGCCAUCACCAGGGAGAAACUGUUAUUAGGGAAGUACAUUUACCUCGAAGCAGAUUAUUGCAAGACUGAGAGUAAAUACCUUCUGCUUCUGAAUGAGGUUAGAGGACCACAGAGAGAGAAAGCUAGUACUGAAUCUGAUGACAUUAUUUCCAAGCUGAUUGCCGAGGCUAUUGAUUCUGAUGUAGACGAGGAACGGAUCAAGCCAUACUCAGAAACGGCAAAGGAACAGCUGUAUGACAAAUACGGAUUCAUUAAACCGCCCAGUACAGAAAUCGAGGAAGAUAACGCCCUCUUGAGUCAAGCGGAAAAACUGCAAAGACGAUCGGAUGAGCUCAUGUCAAAGCACAGUACAGCUGAGGUCUCCAGGGCAGUGAAAUGGGAGAACUAUGUCGUCGCUCACCCAGAGAAAGAACUUACGAUGACGCCUGAACUGAAGUCUCUAAUCAGAGGGGGAAUACCACACGAAUAUAGAGCAAGGAUUUGGAAAUGGUGUGUGGAUCUCCGCGUCAGGAAAGAUAAAGAGACUACUGGAUUAGGGUAUUAUCAACGACUACAAAAUAGUAAGAGCUUCAAGUCAAGCCCAGCUACGAAACAGAUAGAACUAGAUCUCUUGAGGACCCUACCGACGAACAGACACUACGAGAAGAUGGAAUCACAAGGGGUUCCCAAGUUACGAAGAGUUCUACUCGCCUACAGCGUUCACAACCCUGCUAUCGGAUACUGCCAGGGAUUAAACCGAGUUGCUGCCAUUGCGUUGCUGUAUCUUGAAGAGGAGGAUGCAUUCUGGUGCUUGAUUGCCAUUGUAGAGUACAUCAUGCCAAUGGAUUACUACAGCAAGACAUUGAUUGGAUCACAGACCGACCAGAGAGUCUUCCGAGAGCUUCUGGCAGAGAAAAUCCCAAGACUCCACGCCCAUUUCGAAGAGUACUCGAUAGAUCUGUCAUUGGUCACUUUCAACUGGUUUGUCACCUGUUUCUGUGAUAACAUCCCUGCCGAGACCAUGCUACGGAUCUGGGACACCUUCCUGUCGGAAGGGAACAAGGUCCUCUUCCGCUACUCGCUGGCAGCGUUCAAGUUCUUUGAAGAGGAGCUGCUGAAACAGAACGACUAUCUGAGGAUCUUUGCCUUCCUGCGUCGAAUGCCGGAGAUGUUGACGGAUGUCCAGAGACUAACCCAGAUUGCUUUUGAUGAGCUGAAUCCGUUUCCAAGGAGACAUAUCAACAACAAGAGAACCAUUCAUAGAGCACACGUCAAGCAACAACUUGACGAGCUGGAGGCCAUCAGAGCAGAGUUUGUUCCUCGUCAUUCUCAGAACGGGGAUGAGCUCGCAAGCGACGAGGAGGAGGAUUACGACCAAGUGGAGGCGCUGUUGACAGGAACUACAUGAAUUCCUAAUGAAUCAUGCGAUGCUGUAAUGCGACCUUUGACAUUUGACCCUCGACUCAUUGUCAUAUUCAAGAUCUGCCAUGAUGUGACAUCUUCUUUCGCAAGAAAGAUUACGACCAAGUGGAGGCACUAUUAACAGGAGCUAUUUGAAAUCAUGAAUGAACUUUUGAUUCAGAAAAGUGACCUUUGACCUUGGACUCGUUGCCUAUCAUGAUCUGCUUUGACAAACAAAAUUACGACCAGGUGGGGAUGUUUUGAGGAGGACCUAUGUGAAUUCCUGAGAGAAGUUGUGAUGCAGAAGGUUGACCUUUAUUUGACUCAAAGCAUUUUAUUUACGAGGAGGAUUACAACUAUUUAGAGAUGCUUUUAACAGGAGCAAGAUAAAAUCAUGAAUGAACUUUUGAUGCAAAAUAUGACCUUUGACCCAUGCCUUUUAUAAUCUGCUGACAUAAAGGAGCAUUAUUACCAAGUGGAGGUGUUGUUAGGAUGACCUUUGUGAAAUUCUGAAGUAACUUAUGAUGCAUAAAGUGAUUGUGACCUUUGACCCUUGUCUCAUUGCAUUUUAUGAAUUGCCGUUACGUCAAAUCCUGGUUGGGGAGACGACCACUGCUCGAGGUCUGAACUGCGGUUAUAUAUACCCCAACUACAAAAACCUCUUUAGAGGAUCCAAGUUAUUUCAUUUGGAAGCUUUUUUAACCCUGCAUGACCAAUUUAAUCCCUCCUGCAUGUAUAUAACUUUUCACCUCGGCAGGCAAGCCUGAGCGCCAAGCCAGGGUUAAAAGAUAAAACAGCAGCUUCAAAUCUGGGCCCUGUCUUACAAAGAGUUACGAUUGAUCCGAUCAAUCGUAUCUCUAUGGAAAUCCAUCAGUGUCAUAAUUUUCUUUUAUGAAAAAUUUGCACAAUGUCCUUUGUAUGCAAAGAGAAGCGCAGUGAAUUAUCAAGAAAACAAUGAAUACAUGAAUAUACAUCAUAGCUAGAAAAUAUUUUGAACAAACAUGCAUAGUAGAUGUUGACGUUGCUGGCCGUCCAUAGUUGCGAUUGAUUGGAUCAAUCGUAACUCUUUGUAAGACGGGGCCCUGGGGUAUAUCUCCUCUAAUGAUGAUUUUUUCCUCAUGCUCUGACAAGGAAGAUUACAAUCAGCUGGAAAUGUUCAGAGAACCUACAUGUGACCCUGAAAGAAAUUGCGAUGCAGAAAGGUGACCUGUGACCCAUCGCCAUUCAAGUUCUGCUGUGACACAAUAUUUUUUUACAAUGAGGAUUUUCACCAGGUCGAUGCAUUAGGGGGAGCUUCUUGAACAACACUACAGGAAGUCACGAUUCCAUGUCUUGACCUUUGACAUUGAACUCAUUUAACUGCCAUGGCAUUACAUUUACUAAAUGGGGAUUAUCACCAGAUUGAAAUGAUCCAUGGGAAGUCAAGAUUCUGAACUAUGACCUUUGACAUUUGACUUCAUAAAUUCAAGAUCUGCUAUACGUAAUCCAUUGUUUUAGUUUAUGAGAUGGGCUGUGAUCUAAUUGAUGCAUGGAC